AUGAGUAUAAGACGAUCUUCGGCGCAGACGCCGCCUCCAUCAGCAAGGCCUUUCUUUCCAAAAUAUGAGGAGAGCCAAACCGAGAUUGAGGUCGAUGAGGAGGAGGUGGGAACGAUUGUUGUGCAUCCCGAUGAGGCCGGAAGAAGAGUUCUAAGACCGCAGCCUUCUUGGGAUCCAAAUGAUCCUCUGAAUUGGAACAAAUGGCAAAAAUACAAAGCAUAUUUCACCAUAUGCCUGUUCGCAUUCCUCGCUACAGCAAAUGCAAUCAAGUUCACCAUUGCAUCCCCUCAAUUGAGUCACGAGUUCGGAAUCAGUGUCUUGGAGAUCAAAUUUCUGACAGCAUUCAACCUCUUGGCUUUGGGAGCGGGAGCUUUGUUUUGGGUGCCUCUGAGUCGCGUGAUUGGAAAACGUCCGGUUUUUCUCCUUGCGCUUCCCAUUUUGGUAGCCGCAAACAUAUGGUCUUCACAAAUCCACCGUUAUGACCAACUUCUGGCCUCUUCCAUUCUCUCCGCUUUCGGAUCUGCGGCGGCGACUAGUGUCGUGCCUGCUGUAGUAGCCGAUCUUUUCUUCGUCCACGAGCGAGCUACGGCAAUGAUGUGGUUUCAGGUGUCACUGUCCAGCGGCCUGUUCCUCGGAACACUCAUCAAUGGAUUGGUGGUGCAGUAUUUCUCUUGGAGAAUAAAUUCUUACUGGAUAGCAAUCGCAGCUGCAUUUGUUUGGCUGCUCGCCAUUUAUACAGUGGAGGAAACGACCUAUUAUGACCGAGACAUCCUCAAGCCUAUCCAUGGAUAUGGACCGAAGAAGAAUCACUGGCAGCGUAUGGAGCUCACCAGAGGAUGGGUCGAGGGGCAGAACCUCUGGCGAGCACUUGGGAAUCUGGUAGCGAUCGCUGCGUAUCCAGGCGUGUUUUGGGCCGCUCUGACCCUUGGGGUCUUUGCUGGAUGGAAUAUGAUGCUCAGGCUCUCACUCAUCCAGAACUUCUCAACCCCGCCCGAAAGCCACAGCACGCAAUUCCUAGGCCUCACGUCCCUCGCGCCACUAACUGGAUCACUGAUCGCCAUCCUUCUCUUUGGCAAAGGACUCGAUGCACUUUCCGCUCGCAUCACGAGAAAGCACGAAGGAGGAAGAGAACCUGAGUAUAGACUCUACCUCAUUCCCAUCCUCAUAUUCCUUGGAGGGGCGAGUAUUGUAAUCACGAGCUUCACUUUGCACGGAACUUCGAGCUCGGAAUGGAUCGCGCCCAUCAUCGGGUGGGGAAUCCACGGCUUCGCGUUGACGGGAAUUUCGAAUAUGGUCUUGGUGUACGCUGUUGAUUCGUACUUAGCAUUUGCCGGCGAGAUUGGAGCCCUGGCUAGUUUCAUUAGUGAAGUCGUGGGGUUUGUGAUUGUGCUUUGGGGAGAAGAAUGGGUUGAGGUCAUGGGUGGGAAGACGGUGUUCGGAACACUGGUUGGGGUACAGUGUUUCUUUGCCCUGCUUGCAGUGGUAUUUCUAGUUUGUGGGAAGAAGAUUAGGGUUUGGACUGGACGGUGGGGAGUUCUUCGAUGGGAGAGGAGGAGAGGUUAG